AUGGUUGUAAUGGAAAGCUUUUCAGACGACUUCUACACUCAACAUACUCCAGUAGAAGAGACAGUCCUUCACGUAUUAGCCGAGUCUUGUGACUCUGCAAAUGUAGUCCAACUUAUCCUUGCUGGGCAUGGCCGUUUGCUUAUGAAAUUGAACAAACGGGGCGAGACUGCACUUCAUUUGGCAGCAAGAAAUGGGCAUUUGGGCAUCGUUCGAGUCCUAAUUGACUAUGCAAAAUCGGAAGCAGGACACUGGUAUACCCCAUGUUCUGACAGGCGCAAGAGGAUGCUGAGGAUGGCUAGUGUGGCUGGAAAUACAGCUUUACACGAGGCAAUUAGGAACAACUUCUAUUACAUCGCCAAAUUGUUAGUUCAAGAAGAUCCUGAGUUUCGUUAUCCCCACAAUUAUGCUGUGGAGACACCUCUGUAUCUGGCAGUUGAGAAGGGACGCCAUAAUAUUAUGGUUCUAAUUUUGGAGUCUUGCAAGACACCAUCUUAUCUUGGCCCCGGACACAAAACUGCCUUGCAUGCUGCCGCAAUUUGGAAUUUUCCAGAUUCCAUGAAGCUGAUUUUGGAAAAGCUGCCUAAUCUUAUAAAAAAUGUCGAUAAAUUUGGGUGGACUGCACUUCAUUAUGCUGCCAAAUUUAAUCAUCAGGAUAUUGCAAGACUAUUACUGUCUGCUAAGUGCUCUGCUGCCUAUGUUGUUGCCAAGAAUGAUGACUCCAAGACUGCUCUACAUAUUGCGGAUAAUGAAGGAAACACUCCUCUCCACCUGUAUGUUGCUACCAAAAACUUGGAUGGGAAUUGCCUUGUGAAUCAUCCUUUUGUGGAUGAUCAACUUUCAGAAAGACAGAUUUUAAUCAAGGACGAGUUGGAGCAAGCAGGUGGCACUCGAGGGUACCGAAAUGUUGCUACCGUAAAGAAGAACUUACGAGUAUUGGCUAGAAGAACCGCUACAUAA